ACAAGAUGGCGGACGGGGACAGCGGCAGCGAGCGCGGCGGCGGCGGCGGGUUCGGGACCGCCCGCGGCGGGGCGGGGGGGGCCGGCCCGGCCGCGGGGCCCGGCGGCGGCGGCGCGGCCGGCCCCGAGCAGGAGACGCAGGAGCUGGCGUCCAAGCGGCUGGACAUCCAGAACAAGCGCUUCUACCUGGACGUGAAGCAGAACGCCAAGGGCCGCUUCCUCAAGAUCGCCGAGGUGGGCGCGGGCGGCUCCAAGAGCCGCCUGACGCUCUCCAUGGCCGUGGCCGCCGAGUUCCGCGACUACCUGGGCGACUUCAUCGAGCACUACGCGCAGCUGGGCCCGUCCAGCCCCGAGCAGCUGGCCCAGGCCGCGGGGCCGCCGGGCGAGGACGGCGCCGGGCCCCGCCGCGCCCUCAAGAGCGAGUUCCUGGUGCGGGAGAACCGCAAGUACUACCUGGACCUGAAGGAGAACCAGCGCGGGCGCUUCCUGCGCAUCCGCCAGACCGUGAACCGCGGCCCCGGCGGCCCGGGGGGGUUCGCGGGAGGCCCCCCCGGGCUGCAGAGCGGCCAGACCAUCGCGCUGCCCGCCCAGGGCCUCAUCGAGUUCCGCGACGCCCUGGCCAAGCUCAUCGACGACUACGGCGGCGAGGAGGACGAGCUGGGCGGCCCCGGCGGCGGCGGCCCGGGCGGCGGGGGGCUCUACGGGGAGCUGCCCGAGGGCACGUCCAUCACCGUGGACUCCAAGCGCUUCUUCUUCGACGUGGGCUGCAACAAGUACGGGGUGUUCCUGCGGGUCAGCGAGGUGAAGCCGUCCUACCGCAACGCCAUCACCGUCCCCUACAAGGCCUGGGCCAAGUUCGGCGGCGCCUUCUGCCGCUACGCCGAGGAGAUGCGCGACAUCCAGGAGCGCCAGCGGGACAAGCUCUACGACCGGCGCGCCGGCCCGCCGGGCCCCGGCAGCGGCAGCGGCGCCGGUGACGACUCCGACGGCGACGACGUGGACGACGACUGAGCCGAUCCCCCCAGCCCUCGACCCCGACGCCGGCCCCCCACCACCCCCCCCGAGCCCCGGGGCGAACGGGUCCCCGAUCCCCCCUCCCAGCGACGGGGCAGAGGGGUCCCCUGACCCCCCCCCCCCCCCAAAAACAGCGACGGGGCCGAGGGGUCCCUGAGCCCCCCUACCCCCUCCCGGCCUCGGGGUGAAGGGGUCCCCGAACCCCCCGGGCCCCCACUCCCAGCAACGGCACGAAGGGGUCCCCGAGCCCCCCCCCGGCAGCGGCACGGGGGUCCCCGAGCCCCCCAGCCCCCCCUCCUGCCGCCACCGGAGAGAGAGAACCCGGCCCGACCGUGCCGCUGCCCGUGGCCCCCCCGCCCCCUCCCCGCUCCCACCGCGGGACCCCCGGACCCCCGGACUCGCUGCUCUGGGGGGGGACGGGGGUGACCCGCAGCCCCCUCCCCUCCCGGUGCCCCCUCUGAUCCAGCACGCGAGGGCCGCGGAGCCGAGCGGCAGCGCCAGGGGCGGGGGGGCAGCGGAGGCACCUUGGACCAACGGCCGUUCCCUCGGCUUGUGAUUUCCCCUUCAUUUUCCUUUUUUUUUUUCCUUUCCUCCUCUUUCCACGUUGGUUUUUUUUUUUUUUGGGGGGGGGGAGGGUUCUUUUUGGUUUUUUGGUUGUUUUAUUUUUUUUUUCGGGAUGCAAACUCCAGGCGCCCGAACUGGAACCCGCCCCGAGCUGGCGGCUCCCUGACAAUUAGGGAAGAUUUCCUCGGUUUUGCCGAUUUCUGACCGUUUUUCCCCCCCUCCCCGUUUCCCGCCGGGAAGGGGGAGGCGCCGGCACAAAGCACAAGGAAAAACUCGACGGGGCGAACCAUCUUCCCCUCCUCUCCAAAUAAGGCGCCUCCGGCCCCGUUUCACCAGGACCCGCCGGAAUCCGCCCCUUGGCUUCACCCAAAUUGGAUUUUCCGGCCCCAAAUCCGUGGCCACGCCCGGCCCCGGCACCUUGGGGGUGGAUUUUGGAGGUUUAUUGUUAUUUUUUGCCUCCUUUUGUCUUUUUUUGCCCCCCUGGGCCCGGCCCUGGCGCCGCCUGGUCCCUCCAGCCACCUCCUAUUAAACACAUUUUUCCACUCUCAAAUAGUCUUUUUUUUUUUUUUUUUAAUUCUUUUU